AGUGACCCAAACUCAAACUAAACCCACAGAUCCGAAUAGCCAGCCGCCACAAUCUGUUCUCCAAAAUAAACGUUGCCCAAAAUUUCAUUCAUAUCUCUGCUUUCCUCACUCUUCUACUUCCCACAAAUAAACAUGGAUUCAACUCAAACCCAUGAAAUUCUCCCCAAAAUUCAAUCUGAAACCCACAAAAAUCAACAAGAAGAAGAUGACGAUUCACCAACCCUUAGUCCCUUCGCUUUGGAUGCACUCAAAGAGUUUUUAGCUUCACAAUCGAUUUCUAAAACAUUUGAAGAAAACCCAGAAGAAAAUAAUGGUGAAAUUGAAUUGCCAUUGUUGUCGGAAGAUUGGCGGUUGAGUCAAUUUUGGUACUCCCCUCAAACCGCCAUUACUGUUGCUUCUGAAGUUUUCACUCUCUUCUCACAAUUGAGUAGUGAGGAGCCUGAUGUUCUUCCUUCUGUUGCUUGCAUUUCUUGCCCCACUUUAUUUAUUUAUCUUAAGAGAUUGUAUCCAACUAUGUCUGUGCAACUUCUGGAAUAUGACACUCGUUUUGAGCAAUAUGGAAAUGAUUUUACAUUCUACGAUUACAACCUACCAGAAGAUUUGCCACAAAAAAUGAAGCACACUUACCAGAUUAUAGUUGCAGAUCCUCCUUAUUUGAGUGAGGAAUGCUUGAAGAAAGUUGCUCAAACAAUACCAUUUCUUGCUAAACCUGAGAAAAAUUUCUUGCUCCUGCUCACUGGAGAGGUUCAGAGAGAUAGGGCGGCCAAGUUCUUGGGACUGCAUCCCUGUGGUUUCCGUCCGGAGCACUCCAGCAAACUCGGGAAUGAGUUCAGAGUCUACACCAAUUACAACCCUGGUGAAAGGUUAGGAGGCUGGGAUUUGGAAGAGUAAAAUAUGUGAUAGGUUCACAACUCAAACUUAUCGCCAUUGCAUUGUACUGCAGUUUAGAAGAAAUUUUGUAGCAUUAUAUUAAUCGCUGUUAUGCAUUAAACUGUACACCCUCUCCCCAAUGAAUAGGUAGUAAUGCUAAGGGAUUUUGUUUUACGGUUUGAAUUUCAGUAACUAAGAAUUCAAACUAAAUUAUGCAGAAAAUUGUUUGCGAAUUGUAAAGUAAGUUUGCCGAUGCAACCAUGAGGUACAUUUUUAUUAUCCAAUGCUGUUUUUUUUCCUGU